AUGACUCAUCUUCUACUCGAUUUUACACCAAUCAAUCUUCAUCUACCUCUACUACCACUACCAGCACUACUACUGACAGGUCGUAUCAAAGUUUACAAGUCUGGUGUAUAUCGUAGAAUGUUGUUUAAAUUUGCCGAGACUACCAAUAGUGUCAUUCUCAUGACAUACCAUAUUAGAACGCAAGCAGGACCUCACUAUUUGACCAUACCAUAUCAAAUUAUCAAUCGCUAUUAUGAUUCAUUGGAUUCCAUUUUCGAGACUAGAGAUGUCCACAUUAAUAGUAAAAGAGGUAAUUACUUGUUGUGCUUUAGGGAGAAUCCAAAUGAUCCUAUUCCUAUUCAAGAUGAAUUAAAUAAUAAUAAUAAGAUAAAUGUAGAUAGAUGGUUUGGAAUAGUAAGAAAACGUGAUACAAUAUUUAAUUGUUCAAUCAACUCGUUGCCAAACAUCACUGAACUGAAUGAAAAUGCCAAAGCAGAAAUGGAUCGAAUCAAAGUCAAACAAAUUGCUGAUCGACAAGAAAAACGUGCUCAAGAUGAAGAAAAUAUAAAAGCAAAGAAGAAAUCCCAACAACAAGAUCAGACAUCUGAUGACAAACGUCUUCUUCUUGGACCAGAAGAAAUUCGAGAAUUAUGGAAGGAUAGUGACUUUGAUCCAAUUACGCACGUAUGGUUGUUUGCAAGACAAAGUGUUGGAGAUGAAAAGAGGAAACCCCAAUCAUUUGAACACCAAGUCUGCAAGUUAUUAUGUCUGCUCAUGGUUAUGACCAACAACAACAACAACAACAAGAAUGGUAGUCACAACAUUCCAACAGUUGGCAAGUUUAACACUCAAGACUAUUCCCUUCGCAUCAUUGAAGAGGUUGCCAGUUCCUUCUGGUUCCCAUUGCAUAUGAGAAUGCAACCAAAGCAUCUCUUGGCUGGUCUCGAUUUCAGACAUACCGUCAUUUGGGUAACUAUAGAACGUUGGUCCCGACACCCCCGUCGAGAUUAG